UCGUGAUAACAACAUUUCAUUUGUGUGGAAAGACAGCUGGCUUGUUUACCCAAGUGUAGAAUAUCUAAAUUUAAAGGGAAAUCGUUUAACGGAUCUGAUUCCAGAAUCAUUUGAAGGUCUUUCACGAUUGAAAUACUUGUUUUUAUCCCACAAUUCGAUUAGGUUUAUUGCAGAUUAUAUGUUCCAGCCUACAACAGAAAUUGAACUGAUUGAUAUAAGCAACAACAAGUUGUUCGCAAUACAAAGGGAUCUCUUUCGGACAAAACACGGAUUACGUUUUCUGAAAGUUUUGGAUCUGAGCAAUAAUAACAUCCUGGUUUUGGGUCCUGGCGCCUUUUCACAACUAUCAAGCAUACAUUUCCUGAAUGUAAGUGAUAACUAUUUAAGCUUAAUAGGUAAUGGAGCGUUUGAACAUUUGGAUUCAGUAAUCUACUUGGACCUUCGUGCAACAUCUAUUUCUCUUGAUAUACUUAAAAGUAUUUUAGAAAGUACAACAAAUAUCGUCAACCUCUAUAUAUCCCACACUCUGAAAUGCUGCUUAUGCAAGUAUCCACAUCUGGACAAACUUAUUCUGACAAGAAAUGUGGAGAUUAACUGCAAGAAUAUAGUUUGCACUAUAUCUUUGAUUCAAUGUUAUACAAAGGAGGGACAACAAACAAACAAUUUGAAAGAUAAAGAGAGAAUAAUUGAAGAAAUGGAGGCUGUUAAAACUGGUACAGUUUCAUCUUUACCUGGAGAGAAACGUGGUGAAACAUCUCAAAAUAUGUUAAUUAAGUUGGAACGCUCUCGAAAUCCUGUGGGUGAUCCAAAUUCCACUCAAAUACAACCAGAAUUAGGGCUUGAAAUUCUUAAUAAGGAUUUACAAUUGGGUGACAAACAGGCAGAUCUGAAAGAAGAACUGUUGAUCAAAGGCUCAAACUUAAAGGACAAAAUAAAGAGUGAGCAAUCAGCCAGGGACGCAGAUAGAGAGAGCAUGAAACAAAUCAACUUGGUCAAAUUGUCUUCAAAAUCUGAUCGACCAGCACUGCCUGAUAAUGGAAAUGAAGAAAACACUCUAGGCAGAUUGCAAAAACUGAAAGAAGCCUUGAAGUCACUCUAUCAUUAUGCUUCUGAUCGAAUUGCAAACAGCGGUGAUGAACAAUACAGAGUCAUACUUGAGUCUUAAAAUAUAGAAAUAUUAUUUGAAUAUUACGGAGCAGAAAAAUGAAAUACUAAAUUGUGUUACAAUAAUUAACACAAUACAAAACAAUUCAUUUUUUGUGAUUAUGAGAUAAUCCAAAAAUAAAUUGGGGCCAACAUUUCAAUAAAGAUAAAUUGAUGACUUUUGUAGUUUAUGGUUGCCAGUCCAUAUAAGACUGCAAUGUAAUUUAAGGUUUUUCUUUAUGACAAAAAUAUUGAUGUUUUUAUAUUUAAAUUAUUUGUAGCAUUUUUCUUUUAAACCGAAUGUAUCAACACAUUUAGAAGCUUACAAUCAAAUUCCAUUUGAGUAAUAAAUUCAACAGUGCAAUAAAGGAAAAUGCUUGAAAAUGCUGUUGUCACGGAAAAUUUAUCCAGAUUUCCAGUUGCAUCAAGGCAAUAGCGUUCAUUUAGGAAAACCAAAUAUGUGCUCAAAAUGAUGAAAACUAAGAGACAAUGGAGAAACUCAAAAUCUUCUCUAGUAACAACUACAGUUAAGGAUGGUAAGCAUAGAAACUGGGAGGAAGUACAAAAUUAAGGCACAUUUAAAAAAAGAAAAGACCUUUGAAAUUCUAUUUAUAUUGUGAAUGACUCAGAGGAGACAUAUUUGUGCAUAUAGAUCAAGUGUGCUUGUAAGCAUUUGUGCACACUUAAUUUGUUAGUUUGAUGAAAACAUAACAAAAUAUGCCUUUAUUAUUUUACAGAAAGGGUUCAGGCAUCUGAUAUAAUAAAAAGUUUAAGAAUAGAUUUCAAAAAGAAGCCCAUAUUUUAAUACUUAAUAUAUAUUUUAAAAUUAACGGUAUACAUCUCCAAAAAAAGAACAUUAGUCUGCUCAACUGAUUGUCAAAUUAUUUAGUUAUCGGUUUGAAACAUAAAGAUUGCACUUCAGAAUUUUUCAUGUUGCUAAAUGUCAUUCUAAAUGGUCAGUAAAUAUUGUUCAUAAUAUACACCUGCUUGUAAAUGUGUCAACUAAUUUUUCAAACAUUGCACACAUCAUGGUAAAUGAUGUUUGUACUUUUAAACAGAUGAAUAAAUGUUAACAGCAGUAAGUACAUUGUGUUUCCACUGACUGUUCAACUGCUUCUUUAAUAUUAGAUCUCACCAAAACAAAUUUUGUACCAUACACGUUAAAAAUAAAUGAACUUCUACAUUGAAGUUGUCAACCC